AUGUCAACACAGGCCUACUUUCGCCAGGGGGUUGCCCUGCAGUACCUCGGUCGUCAUGCCGACGCCCUGGCAGCAUUCGCCUCCGGCCUCGCCCAAGACCCCAAAAGUCUCCAGCUGCUUGUAGGCAUGGUGGAGGCUGCCAUGAAAUCACCGCUCAGAGACACACUUGAGCCCACCUACCAGCAGCUGCAGAAGAUGAAGCUGGACAAGAGCCCGUUCGUGGUCGUGUCCGUCAUCGGUCAGGAGCUGCUCACCCACAGUUUCCACGGAGCGUCGGUCGUGGUGCUGGAGGCGGGGCUAAAGAUCGGCACCUGCUCGCUAAAGCUGCGUGGAUCAGUCUUCUCGGCCCUGAGCUCCGCCUACUGGUCUUUAGGCAACACCGAUAAGAGUAUGGUCUACAUGCAGCAGGACCUGGACGUGGCCAAGACUUUAGGUGAUCAGUCGGGUGAAUGUCGAGCUCAUGGAAACCUCGGCUCUGCCCUCUUCUCCAAAGCGAACUACAGAGAAGCGUUGGCCAAUCACAGAAACCAACUAGUGCUGGCGAUGAAGCUCAAGGACCGAGAAGCUGCGUCCACCGCUCUCAGCAGUCUGGGCCAUGUGUACACGGCUAUCGGCGACUAUCCCAACGCGCUGGCCAGCCAUAAACAGUGUGUGCUGCUGGCACGACAAACCCAGUGCCAGCUCUCCGAGGCUCGACAGCUGGGCAACAUGGGCGCCGUGUACACCGCUCUGGGAGAUUUCACCAACGCUGUUCAGUGCCACGAGCAGCACCUCGACAUCGCCAAGACUUUGGAAAACCGGCGUGAGGAGGCGCGGGCGUACAGCAACCUGGGCAGCGCCUACCACUCUCAGCGGGACUUCGACAAGGCCAUAUCCUACCAUACACGAGUCCUGGAGCUGGCACAGGAGCUGGUAGACAGGCCGAUCGAAAUGAGAGCAUAUGCUGGUCUGGGGCACGCUGCCCGAUGCAUGCAGGACCUGGAGAGGGCUUGGCAGUACCACCAACACCAGCUAGAAAUCGCUCAGGAGCUGCAGGACAGAGCAGCACAGGGCCGAGCCUCCUCCAACCUGGGCAUCAUACACCAGAUGAAGGGAGAGUAUGACAGAGCAUUGAAGCUCCAUAAAGCCCACCUGUCCUUUGCCCAGGAGCUGGGUGAUUACGCCGCCCAGGGGAGAGCGUAUGGUAACAUGGGAAACGCCUACCACGCACUGGGCAUCUACGACCAAGCUGUCCGAUACCAUCGACAAGAACUACAGAUCUCAUUGGAGGUGAAUGAUCGUCCGUCUCAGGCCUCCACACAUGGUAACCUCGCUGUGGCCUACCAAGCUCUGGGUGCUCAUGACCGAGCUCUGCAGCAUUACCUUCAUCACCUGACCAUCGCUCGAGAGCUCCAAGACACCCAAAGCGAAGCGAGAGCGCUAGCAAACUUGGGUAACUUCCACAGCUGGAGAGGUGAGUACGCUCAGGCCUUGCCGUACUACCAGCAGUACCUGACUCUGGCACCGGGCCUGCAGGACCUGGAGGGAGAAGGAAAGGUUUGCCACAACCUCGGCUAUGCUCACUACUGCCUUGGACAGUACCGAGACGCCGUCAGGUAUUAUGAGCAGGACUUGGCUUUGGCGAAGGACCUCCAAGACAAAUUAGCCCAAGCAAAAGCCUAUUGUAACCUGGGUCUGGCCUACAAAGCACUCGGGGAGUACAACAAAGCAGAGGAGUGCCAGAGAUACCUGCUCUCUAUAACUCAAGCCUUGGAUAACACACAGGCGGUUUUCAGGGCGUUUGGGAACCUCGGGGAUGUGUGUGUGUGUCGAGGUGAUCUUCCAGGAGCUGUAAGGUUUUACCAGCAGCAGUUAGCGCUGGCUCAGAAAGUCAACGAUCAGAAGAUGGAGGCUGACGCAUACUCAGCACUUGGAUCCGUUCACAGGCUGCUCCGCCAGCUGGAUACAGCGUUGUCCUUUCACAGCCAGGAACUGACCGUGCGUAAGGAUCUAGGUGAUCAGGAGGGGGAGUGUCGCGCCCUCGGCCACCUGGCCGCGGUGCACAUGGCUCUGGGAGACUACGCCACCACCUUCCAGUGCUAUGAGGCGCAGCUCGGCCUGGCGCAGGGGCUCAGGGACGCCCGUCUGGAGGCCCAGGUUCACGGGAACAUGGGCAUCACUAAAAUGAACAUGGGGGUGUUUGAGGAAGCGAUUGGUUAUUUUGAGCAGCAGCUGGCGAUGCUGCAGCAGCUGAGCGGGACUGAGAGCAUGUUGGACAGAGGAAGAGCUUACGGGAACCUGGCAGACUGCUACGAUGCUCUGGGAGACUACGAGGAGGCGAUUCAGUACUAUGAGAAGUACCUGACGGUGGCUCAGAGUCUCAACCACGUCAAGGAUCAGGAGAAAGCUUACAGAGGACUCGGCAACGCACACAGGGCUAUGGGGAGCCUCCAGCAGGCACUGGUUUGCUUUGAGAAGAGGCUUGUGGUCGCCCAUGAGCUUGGCGGAGAAGGAGGGGGCAAGGCUCAAGCUUACGGGGAGCUGGGCACCUUACACAGUCAGCUGGGCAACUACGAGCAAGCUCUGUCCUGCCUGGAGCAUCAGCUUAAUAUCGCACGCACAGCAGGGGAUAAAUCACUGGAGGCAGAAGCAAGCGAUAUACUCGGAGGUGUCUAUCAGCUGAUGGCAGACAACGAGACAGCGCUACAGUGGCACCAGAGAGCUUUGGAUAUAGCCGAGCAGACGGGCUGCGUGAGGAGCCAGGGCCGAGCCUACGGGAACCUGGGGCUCACCUACGAGGCGUUGGGGAAGUUCGAGAGGGCCGUGGUGUUUCAGGAGCAGCACCUGAGCGUAGCGGCUCAGACCAACGACCUGAUAGCUAAGACUCUGGCCUACAGCAGUCUGGGGAGGAUCCACCACGCUCUGCAGAACUACGCUCAGGCUGUGAUGUAUCUGCAAGAAGGUUUGCGUCUGGCAGAGCAGUUGGGUCGGAGAGAAGAUGAAGCGAAGAUACGCCAUCGCCUCGGUUUGUCUCUGUGGGCCGGCGGAAACCUGGAAGAGGCUCAACAUCAGGAGGGUAUUGUGAAGUUUAACGAGGUGUAUCUCGGAGAAGGCGGAUACGAGGCGUCGGAGUUCCAGGACCGCGGGAGCCCACAUGGUGGAGGAGUCGGUGGAGGUCCGAUGUCUCUGGAUCAGUACAUCUGCAACGCCAGAGAGGCUUUGGGAGUGGACAGCCAUUACAGCAGAGUCGGCUCCAGCAGUGAGACGGAGAGUGAAGCAGGAGAUCUGUUAGAGCAACAGUUCGAAGAGCUGAACAAUAAACUCACCUCAGCCACCGACCCAACCGGCUACCUCCGCAUGGUGUCCAGGAACAACCUCUUCAACAGGAGCUGCAGCAGUAUGACCAGCCUCUACAGUGCAACAGUCUCUCCAGCCAAGGACAGUUUAUCAUCUCCUCCUUACCGGCCGAGUAACAUCGGCAAACCUCCUCUACGAGCCCUUUAUGACUUACUCAUAGCACCGAUGGAAGGGGGCUUGAUGCACAGCAGUGGACCUGUUGGCAGACACCGACAGCUCGUUUUAGUGCUGGAGGGAGAGUUGUACCUGAUCCCGUUUGCCUUGCUCAAAGGCAGCUCCUCUAAUGAAUAUCUAUAUGAGAGGUUCAGUCUCAUUUCUGUACCUUCUUUAGCCAGCCUGGGAGCAAAUAUCAAGCCUCAUUCUCGCCGUGGAGGUCCUUUACUUUGCUCCGAUGGAGGUUCGGUGGCGGCUGUGGUCGGAGCUCCUCGUCUCCCCCACAGUGUGAUGGAUCGUUGGCUGUGGGGGCCUUUACCUUCAGCCCAGGAUGAGGCUCUUUGGCUGGGGGAGCAGCUGGGAUGUCACCCCCUCACCGGAGCCAACGCCACCAAGGAGCGCGUCCUCUCCGCUCUGAGUCAGGCGGAGUGCGUUCACUUUGCCACUCACAUCUCCUGGAAACUCGCCGCUUUGGUCCUCGCCCCCGGGCAGGAGCACGGAGCAGGAGACAGCGCGGGAAGCAGACCCAAAGAUAAGUCACCGUGCGGGGCGUCGAUCUCAGGAGACAUCGCGGAUCAAGACGGAAGAGGCAAGAGUUCGUUUAUGAGGAGUCGCGGCAGCCCGGAGAGACUCAGAUCAGCUGAUGAAAUGAGCGAGGACGGCGAGAGAGCGUGUGAGGUGGAGAGUGUGUGCGACAGUCCGGCACUUCAAGACUUCCUCCUCACUGCUGCUGAUAUACUGGACCUCUGCUUGACGGUCAAACUGGUGGUUUUAAGGUUAUACCCAGAGUCCAGCAGCAGAGUGACAGCCGACGGUGUGGUGGGUCUGACCCGAGCCUUCCUGGCUGCGGGGGUCCAGUGUGUGUGCGUGUCUCUGUGGCCCGUACCGAUCGCUGCCUCCAAACUGUUCACACACACCUUCUACACGGCGCUGCUCAACGGGACCAAAGCCAGCGCCGCUCUGACCGAAGCCAUGAAGACGCUUCAGAGCAGCAAACACUUCUCACACCCGUCCAACUGGGCCGGUUACAUGCUGAUUGGCAGUGACGUGAAGCUGAACAGCCCGAUGUCUCUGGUCGGUCAGGCGCUGGCAGAGAUCCUACAGUAUCCGGACAGAGCCAGAGACGCUCUCAGAGUGCUGCUACACCUGAUUGAGAAGUCUCUGCAGAGGAUUCAGAGCGGUCAGUGUAACCCGAUGUACACAUCACAGCAGAGCGUCGAGAAUAAGGUCGGUGGUGUUCCCGGUUGGCAGGCUCUCCUGUCUGCCGUGGGUUUCCGGUUGGACUUCUCCGGUAGCGGUGCUGGUCUCCCCGCGGCGGUUUUCUUCCCCACGUCAGACCCUGGAGACCGGCUUCAGCAGUGCAGCACCACUCUACAGUCUCUGCUCGGUUUGACUCCUCCAGCUCUGCAGGCUUUGUGUAAACUGGUCACAGCGUCUGAAGCCGGAGAGCAGCUCAUUCAUAAGGCGGUUAAAAGCAUGGUGGGAAUGCUUCAUCAAGUGCUGGUGCAGUUGCAGUCGGGCGACAAGGAGCAGGACUUUUCACUGGCUCCAAUUCAAGUGUCGAUAAGUGUGCAGCUGUGGAGGCUUCCUGGCUGCCACGAGUUCCUGGCUGCGCUCGGGUUUGACCUGUGCGAGGUGGGUCAGGAGGAAGUGGUGCUGAAGACCGGGAAGCAGGCCAGCAGGCGGACCAUGCAUUUCGCCCUUCAGUCUCUUCUGGCGCUCUUUGACUCCACGGAGCUUCCCAAACGUCUGAGCAUGGACAGCUCGUCCUCUCUGGAGUCUCUCUCAUCGUCCCAGUCGGCGUCCCAACCCCAAUCUUUACCCCUCUCCUUCAGCUGUUACCCCCCUCAGCCCUCCUUCUUACCCCCCGUCUGCCCGGACAACCUCUCCUGCGACGCCAUCUCCGUCUACAGCCUCAGCUCCCUCGCCUCCUCUCUCAGCUUCCUGUCUAGGCCCGAGCCCGCGGGAAGUGACAUCAUCAGCCAGCGGUCGCAUCAGCAGGAUCUUGAGAGGCCUCGAGGAGGAGGAGGUGGAGGGGGGGGUCUCUACGCCUCCUCGCACCGGCAAUCAGGAGGCCUGUCGAGGCGGCUGACGGGUCACGGAGGAGGGUUAGGAGAGGCGGAGGACGAGGAGUACGAGGGUUACUCCAUCAUAAGCAGUGAGCCUCUGGGACGAGGAGGAGGAGGAGUAGGGGCAGGAGGGGGAGGAGGGGGAUGUGACACGCUGCCUCUACCUGCAGGGCACCGCCAAGGCCGAGGUGGUGCAGGGAGGGGGUCUGGCAGGGGUCACGGGUAUCCCAUCACCGUUUCCUCUAAAGGAAGCAUCAGCACACCGACGUCUCCGAUUAAAGCUCCGCCGCUGCCCCCGAAUGUUCCCACCAGCCCCAAACCCAAACAGGAAAUCUCAUCCCCUCAGAGAACCGGCAAAGGGAAGGUUAGCAGCUCUGAGUCGGACCAGUCGAGUACCGAGACGGACAGCACGGUCAAGUCUCAGGAGGAGAGGAUGGGUCCUGCGGGUCAGCUGGACCCCCAGGAGCUGGCCCAGAAGAUCCUGGAGGAGACGCAGAGCCACAUGCAAGCUGUGGAGAGCCUGCAGAAAGCAAACAUUAGAGGGAAGACACUAACUCUGAGAGGACCUGAGGGCAGAGAGGAGGCACAAGCCAGAAAACCCUCCGCCUCCGCCUCCACCCCCACCACCCCGACUCUGACGCCCACAGGAGGAGCCAGAGGGUUUCAGCCGUCCGAGACCAGCGCGUUCAGCCGACCCCCCAGCAGAGCCAGUCUAAAAGCUUGUUCCUCUCCUCUUUCAGUCCGUAGUCCUCUUUCUCCGCUCUCCCCUUCCGUUUCGACGCCUCCUCCGACUCGACCCAAACCUCCGUCCCGCUCCUCCUCUCUGCAGAAGAUCAGCUCGGGUUACAACAGCCCCGCUCGCUCCUCUCCGUCUUUAUCUCUCUCUGUGAAGGAUUCCCCAGAUGUGCACUCGCAGCCCAAACUGAAAUACCCUACCUCACCUUACACCUCCCACAUCUCCCCCUCCCACUCUCCGGCCGGCAGCGUCCCAUCGCCGGCCCUCUCCUACUCCUCCACUGGCUCUGUUUCAGCCUCCUCCAGCCCGGCAAACACCCCCGAACUCCCCCCCCAGUCCAAACAAGACAACAAAGUCCAAGCAAUCCACAAUUUAAAAACCUUCUGGGCCAACGCCGCCCAGAAACACGAGGUGCCCUGCCCCGCCAGUCUGCUCCGAGGCGGGAAUAAAAAAAUGAGCACGGUUCAGAAAGAUGUUUUGGGUUUGCUGAACCUCUCGCCGAGACACGAGCCGGCGAGCAAAGACGCGGAAGCAUCGGAGAGUCAGAACACUGGUGACAGACUCAACGUUCACCACCAAAAACUGGAGGGCAAACCUCCUCCUCCGCCGCCUCCCUCCUCUAAACCCAAAGGAGGCGUUAAACUUCACUCUGGGAACGGCUACAAGUUUCUCUCACCUGGACAUUUUUUUCCAUCUUCUAAAUGUUGAGAAUUGGGAUAUUUUAGAGUCAUUAUUAGGCCGAACCCUCUCUGUGUUUUUACUACGACAGAAGCUGUUCCUUUUUGUCAGCGAGACCACAUUGUAGCAAUACCUGCUGAACGACGAGGACGGAAGGAAGUGCUGUUGACGUUUUAUU